ACUUCACUUAAAAAACUUUGCAGCUUGUAUCUGAUCGUUUCGUCUUGCUGCCGGUGAAUUUAUUUUUUGCAACCAUUUGUCUACAAAUAUUUCCAUGUUUGCAGCCAUUUUAAUAUAAAUUUAAACUGCUAGCAACGUCUCGAAUAAACAAAUUUCGUGAUUUGCCUACUAAAAGUGUUAUAGACUUUUAUACCUCCGUGUGAGUGCUCUGUCUGCGUCGCUGCCUUUUUUGCUUUCGCCGCUGUUGCUUUGUUGUUUUGGCGCCUUUGAGCAAAAGCCAGCGGUGUGAAUAUUAUUCCUGAAAAGAUGGUUGAUAGAAGUGACAAUGCUGAGUCUUUUGAUGAUGCUGUCGAGGAGCGUGUCAUUAAUGAGGAGUAUAAAAUUUGGAAGAAAAAUACGCCCUUUUUGUAUGACCUGGUAAUGACACACGCCUUGGAAUGGCCGUCGCUAACCGCACAGUGGCUACCGGACGUAACUAAGCAAGAGGGUAAAGACUAUUCAGUACAUCGUCUGAUCUUGGGCACUCAUACUUCGGAUGAACAAAAUCAUUUGCUAAUUGCGAGCGUGCAGUUACCCAGUGAGGACGCACAGUUUGAUGGUUCACACUAUGACAACGAGAAAGGCGAGUUUGGAGGAUUUGGUUCGGUUUGUGGGAAGAUUGAAAUCGAAAUUAAGAUCAAUCACGAAGGCGAAGUGAAUCGGGCACGUUAUAUGCCGCAAAACGCAUGCGUCAUUGCAACUAAAACACCAUCAAGUGAUGUGCUUGUGUUUGAUUACACGAAACAUCCUAGUAAGCCAGAACCAUCGGGAGAAUGUCAUCCGGAUUUACGUUUACGAGGACACCAGAAAGAAGGUUACGGUCUCUCGUGGAAUCCGAACCUAAAUGGUUAUCUUCUAUCCGCAUCUGAUGACCAUACUAUCUGCCUUUGGGAUAUAAAUGCUACUCCAAAGGAGCACAGAGUAAUUGAUGCAAAAAACAUAUUUACCGGUCACACCGCUGUAGUGGAAGAUGUUGCUUGGCAUUUGCUGCAUGAAUCUCUUUUUGGCUCUGUAGCCGAUGAUCAAAAACUAAUGAUUUGGGACACGCGUAAUAAUAAUACGUCGAAGCCUUCACAUACGGUGGAUGCGCACACAGCUGAAGUAAAUUGUUUAAGUUUUAACCCAUACUCCGAGUUCAUUUUGGCAACCGGUUCUGCUGAUAAGACAGUAGCUUUAUGGGAUUUACGUAAUCUGAAAUUAAAGUUGCAUUCCUUUGAGUCGCAUAAGGAUGAAAUCUUCCAAGUACAAUGGUCACCUCAUAAUGAAACAAUUUUGGCAUCGUCUGGAACGGAUCGCCGCUUGCACGUAUGGGAUUUAUCAAAAAUAGGCGAAGAGCAGAGCGCAGAAGACGCCGAAGAUGGACCCCCAGAGCUAUUAUUUAUACAUGGUGGACAUACAGCGAAGAUUUCAGAUUUUUCCUGGAAUCCUAAUGAACCUUGGAUAAUUUGUUCAGUAUCAGAGGACAAUAUUAUGCAAGUCUGGCAGAUGGCCGAAAAUGUUUAUAAUGACGAAGAGCCUGAAAUACCAGCAUCUGAACUAGAAAGCGCCAACGCCUAAUUGGUUUUGUUGCCAGUUUUUUUUAGUUAUAUAUAAAUAUCUUUUUUUUUAAUUCUACUACAUGUCAAUCUCACAUUGUGUGGGUACAGGGGUACAGAGGAUUCAGUUUGCUUUUGUGGUUUUUUCGAUGUUUGUAAAAAAGGUAUGCGUAGAAAUAAUUUAAUUGUUUUGUAUUAUCACGCUAACGUUCUGUGUCUGUUCAGCGAUGUCUGAAAGAAACUACAUAUAUAUAUAUGAGCAAAAGCUGUCCAAAUAAAGUAUCAUAAACAGGUAAA